AUGAGUGAUUAUCGAAGACCGUGCAACUUUUUCUACAAUGUGACGGGUGAGGAAGCGGAACGUCUACUAAGACAAUACGGUUCCGAUGGCGAAUUUUUAGCGCGACCCAGUGAAUCACAGCCCUUCAAUUUUACGCUCUCAAUCAUUCGUGGGAAAACCGUCACACAUGUGAAGAUUCAGAAGAAUAGCGAUGAUUUCCUGGAUCUAUUUGGUGGUGAAUCGUUUGCUUCUUUGAGCGAAUUGGUGCAGUUUUACAUUGACAAUCCGGAACAAUUGCAAGAGCGGAACGGAGAAUCCAUAAUUAUGAAGCGUCCAAUCUCUAUUCCACUCUACGAGCCAGCUGCACAAGAGGCUCGAGCGCCGGCCUCACAGCGUUGGUUCCAUGCCAACAUCACGGGUACAGAAGCAGUCGAGCUUCUCACGAAAGAGAAACAAUGGACUUAUCUCGUUCGGGGAAUAUCAGAUCAUUUAUGGAAUAAUUCCAGUGAAAGUCAGCGUGCUCCUGGAUCAUAUGCCAUUACUGUGAAAACUACCGAUGAUCAUGUGGUACAUAUUUUGAUUCAGAAGAAAGCCGAUACGGGUAUGUAUCACGUAGGAGGUGGUGAUGAGUUUCGAACUGUCAGUGAGCUUCUUGCGCAUUACAAUAAUAAUCCGAUGGUCGAAGAAGGUAGUCAACGUGUAGUUCAUUUGAUGAACCUAGUCCCGUCUACAUGUGUUCCGGCAGACGCUAUUGACGAGAGAAUUCGUCUUUUAGAGGCAAUCGAUCCAGUUACUAAGAAGUCAGGCUUUCUUGAGGAGUUUGAGCGCAUUCAGCAAGUAGAUGAUCAGUUUUCAUCUCGUCGAGAGGGUAAAAAAGAACAGAACAUUAGUCGAAAUCGCUAUAAGAACAUAGUUCCAUUCGACCAUACAAGAGUUGUCUUGAAGGACGUACCUCCCGGCGAAUCUGAUUAUAUAAAUGCCAGUUACAUAAAGAUACCUGAGGGUCCUCCAUUACACCUUUAUGCGAACCGUGAAUAUAUAUCCACCCAAGGUUGUUUGCUUAAUACUCUGCUCGAUUUUUGGCGAAUGGUAUGGCAAGAGAAUACUCGUGUGAUAGUAAUGACUACGAGGGAAAUGGAACGAUCGAGAAGCAAAUGUCAUGUAUACUGGCCACCUUUACGCGAAGAGCUAAAUCUUCGUGAUUUUGUGAUCAAAACCGUUGAAGAGGUGAAAGUUCCAGACGAUGAUGGACUAGACAUGUUCAUUAAGCGACGGUUCAUGGUGGCAAGAAAAGGUAUGCCUCAGCGUGAGCUUUUCCAUCUCCAAUUCAUUGGGUGGCCUGAUCAUGGAUGCCCGGAGCACCCAGAAUCAGUGCUUCGGUUUUUGGAUGCUGUGGACAUAGCAUGUAAAAAAGCGAUUUCCACCCAGGGCCCGGUAAUUGUUCACUGCAGUGCUGGAAUCGGAAGAACGGGAACAUUCAUUGUCAUAGAUAUUUUGCUAAAUCAAAUACGACAUAGAGGCAGCUCCUGUCCGAUUGAUAUUCCGCGUAUUGUUAUGAAAAUCCGAGAACAGCGUAGUCGUAUGGUUCAAACCGAAGCACAAUACGUCUUCCUCUACAAAGCGAUUAGUUGCUACAUUGCUAUUAAAAGUAGGUCUCGACAUCCGUACCAGGACUCAACGGAUGGUGAAGGUGGGCAUCCGCUUCAUCUCCCACCUCCACCGCUCCCACGUCGUCGACCCGUACCAAAUGUUGCUCAAGCAUAUGUGAACAAUGGAUAA